AUGGAGGAACACAUUAACGUCACGUUGCUUGACGUGCAAAAGCGCGCAGCUUAUAGGGCGGAGCAAUCGCAGAUUCUAGUGCAAAAUCUAAUCCAGGAGCACCAACCAAUACUGAAAAUGCAACAAGUUGCAACUUCGGAUCGGCAUCAGAUGUGGGUGUGUCUGAAGCAGCCAGAAAAUCAAACGAAUAACAAUGAAGAGAACGCUGAGGAGAAGGCACGAGCUGUCGCCGUGUCGGAACUGGAUGAACGAUUGGGACAAGCUCAUGUGGACUUGGAAGAACGCGUGCUGCGUCGUGCCGAGAAACGUGCCAUGAACCUGGAGGAGUGUCAGCUGCUGGUCGGAUCCGGCUUCAACCUGAAGGCGCCCUGGUAG